GACAAAAGAAAGUGGAUGAGGACCUGGCAAGGAUGAUUGCAUUGGAUCUACAACCUUUUUCCAUUGUGGAGGACAGAGGUUUCAAAGCAUUUACAAAGGCCUUAAACCCCUCCUAUAUAUUGCCCAGCAGGCAGACCCUGUCAAAAACAAUCAUUCCAGAAAUGUUUUCAAAGGUUCGUGAACAAAUUAUGGACAAAGUUGGCAAGGCAUCGGCUGUCUGCCUCACAACCGACUGCUGGACAUCUAGGGCCACAUGUGGUUUCAUGUCAGUUACAUGCCACUUCAUUGACAAUUUUAAAAUGGAGACAUGUCUGUUAGAUUGUUUUGAAUUUACUGAAAGACACACUGCAGAUAAUCUGGCCGACAAUCUUUUAAGAAUUGCCAGAGAGUGGAACAUAACGGACAAAAUAGUAGCUUGUGUCUCUGACAAUGCUCACAACAUAACCCUAGCCAUUCACAAAACCUCAUGGAAGCAUCUGCCAUGUUUUGCCCACACAAUUAAUUUGAUUGUGAGGGGUGGACUCCAUGUAAUCCAAAAUACACUGAAUAAGGUUAAAGCAAUUGUGGAGUACAUGCACCGAAGCACAGUGGCAGCUGAAAAACUCAAGGCAACUCAGCAGCAGAUGGGCUUGCCAGAGUUAAAACUGAAACAGGACUGCCCAACACGAUGGAACUCCACAUUUUAUAUGUUACAGAGAUUUCUUGAUAACAAGGAUGCCAUCAUCACCACACUUGCACUAGUAAAUUCUCGACUGGAAAUUCUGACACAGGAUGAGUGGAAAGAAAUGGAAGAGGCCUGUGAGGUUUUAAAACCAUUUGAAGAAGUCACAAUUGAAAUCAGUGGUGAGAGCUAUGUGACUGCCUCAAAGGUGAUCCUGCUUUCACGGAGUGUCCAAAAAAUAAGCACAAGAUACCUGAGAUCGGGAGGGUUCAGAAAACCUAUAAUGGACAUGCUUGAAGCAAUUACCAAAGAUAUGGCUACCAGGUUCCACAAGGUGGAAUUUCACCAUCUGCUCUCAGAAGCGUCUGCACUGGACCCAAGAUUUAAAAAAAUGGCCUUUUCAGAUGAUCAUGCAGCAAAUGAAGCCAUCCAGAGACUCAAAAAUGCCGCUGGGAGAGUGAGAUCUUCCUCAGCACAUCAACCAGAGCAGCAACAGGCAGCAGCAGCACCAGCACCGCAAGAAACACAAGAAAGCUUACUGUGGGGUGAUUUCGAUGAACAAGUUGCAGGUCUUGUGACAAAUACAAGUUCUUCAGCAGAGGCUGUUUUGGAAGUUCGGUCAUAUUCAGAGGAGCCCCUUCAACCAAGGUCCUCCAACCCACUACUCUGGUGGCAAAACCGGGCACUGAUUUACCCCAGACUGACCCAAGUUAUGCUGGGAAGGCUUUGCAUUGUGGCAACAUCUGUUCCAUCAGAAAGAGUUUUCAGCAAGAUGGGACAGAUAAUCUCUGAAAAAAGAAGCAGAAUCAGCCCCGCUAAGGCAAGACAGCUGAUGUUUUUGAAUGCCAACUUUGAAUAA